AUGGACUCCGACUACCCCAUCUUCCAGGCUAGCGCCUCCCGGGACAGAUCCCUGGACUGGAGGCGCAGGCUGCAGGUCAUAGCCUAUGCGGCAGCCCUGGGUGUAUGUGUGCAGUGCUACAACCGGGGCGUCACCCGGGUCCUGAAGGCCAUCCGGAGGGGGAUCACUGCCGCGGUGGCAGCCUAUAUCGAGGACCGUGGCGGCAUGAAACUGUUCACCCUGGAAGAAGAUCUGGACGACGGCCACCCGCACGCCCUGCGCACGCCGUUUGCCCGCUACGCCGCACGCUACGCACGCUCUGGCCUCAAAUCCGGGGGUGCCUCCCCCCACGGCGAGGAGCACAGCCCCACCUCCCCCCUGGCCGGCCCCGACUCCUCCGACUCCGGCAGCGGGGUCAUCGACGACCUGCCCAACUUCUUCGAGAGCACCAAGUUCUUCUCCUGCCUGGAGGCGGAGGACGUGCGGGGCCUGUACGCGGGCACGGGGCGCGUGACCCUGGGCCCCCACGAGCCCCUCUUCAACGCCGGCGACCCCAGCGAGUCCGGCAUCUUCAUCGUGGUGGAGGGGCGGCUGGGCACCUACCUACCCGCACCCGAGCCGCGCGGCGGCGGCGCCGACCCCUCCACGGACCGCCUGCUGGUCAACGUCCUGGUCUACGGCGAGAGCGUGGGCGACCUGGACGUGCUGGACGGCGCGCCGCGCGCCGCCUCGGCCGCUGCGCUGGCCGAGGGGUGCACGCUGGUGCAGGUGCCGCGCGACCUAUUCUUGAACUUCAUCCUGGCGCGUCCCGCCACCCUGCUGGUGUACCUGCAGAAGGCCAUGGCACGACUGUGGCGCGUGUCCCACUUCGUGCUCUCCGACUUCCUGCAGCUGCCCCUGGAAGACUUCAAGGGCCUGGAGAUGGACGGCGAGACGGGCAUCCGCGAGGCGAGCUGGGAGCAGCUGGCGGCUGGGCUGGGCAGGCGCCGGGUGGUGGCUCCCAUGGAGCAGUUGCACGACCAGGACGCGCUCGUGCACGCUUUCUACGUCGUGCUGGAGGGCACGCUGGUGGCCACUCGGGUCAGGGAGGGACAGGAGCCCAGGACCGCCUCGGUGCUGCCCGGCAGCCUGGUCAGCUGCGCCGCCUUCCUCUCCUCCACUCGCACCAAGUGCGAGUUUGCGGCCGGCGGGGAGCCCUGCCUGCUCGCGGGAUUCGGUGCCCGGGAGCUGAACAGUCUGCUGUAUGACGAUUCGGAUUCCCUGGCCAACCUGGCCAGCCCCCAGCCGUCAGGGGUGUGGAGCCCCUGCUUCGGCGCCUCGCCCUCCGGCCAGUCGCCGGUCGACGGCCCCUGCGGCGUCGACCCGGCCGCGGCCCUCCUCCGCACGCUCAAGUCGGCGGUGUACAUCGACCUGCUGCUGGGCGCGGCGCGCGCGCUGGGGCCCGUGGUGCGCCAGUUCACCUCCCUGGGGCUGAACCGCGUGUGGCUGCACGCAGGGGACGUGGUGUACCGCCAGGGCGACGUGGCGGAGUGCAUGUACGUGGUGAUCUCGGGGCGCGCGCGCCUGCUGCACCGCGCCUCGCGCGGGCGCGAGGUGGGCGUGGAGGACGACGUCGGCCGCGGCGAGUCCAUGGGCGCGGUCUGGGCGCUGGCGGGCGGGCGCCACGAUACCUCCGCCAUCUGCAUCCGCGACGCGGAGCUGUGCCGCCUGACGCGCGGCUCCUUCGAGCUGCUCUGCGCGCUGCACCCGCGCGCCGCGGCGCGCGUGCUGCAGGGCAUGGCCGAGCGCCUGGCCGCCUCCCAGAGCAACCGCGGGCGGGGCGGGGUGGCGGGGGUCCAGCGCGAGACGCUCGACGCGACGUCGCUGGGGGAGACGGCGGUGUGGAAGAAGGGCGGCAACCGGCGCCGGGGCGAGAUCGUGACCAUCGCCGUGCUCCCCGCAGGGCGUGUGAGCGGUGGAGCUUCUGCGAUGGACCCCGUGACGAGGCUGGCGACGGAGCUGCGGGGGACGCUGGAGCUGAUGUGGGGUCCCACUCUGCUCCUGGAUGCCGCCAGCAUCGCGGCCGCCUUCCCCACCACCCACGCGCGCCUGAAGUCCAGCUUCCACAGGUCCAAGGUCUGCUCCUGGAUGGCAGCGCAGGAAGAAGAGUUUAGGUUCAUCAUCCUUGUGGGCGACGGCCGCGACUCGCCAUGGUCGCGCAUCUGCGCAAGCCAGGCGGAUUGCACCCUACUGGUGGCCGACCCAGCGUGCACCGCGCCGCAGGUGAGCACCCAGGAGCAGGCGCUGGUGUGGCAGAGCAUCUCGCGCGCCGCGUCGCUGGUCACCCGCUCCAGCACGCUGCCGGACCUGCUGGCGGAUGCUGCCUGGAAGCUGCUGGGCCAGGAGGGCCUGAACUCACUGCUGGGCGAGGGGGCGGCGCAGGGCGGCGGAUCACCCAGUGGCACCGCCGGCGCGGCCAGCCUGAGUCUCUCCGCCCUCAUGCGCGUGGAGCUGGUGCUGGUGCACGCCAUGGACGGCGUACCAUCCGGCACCGCGGCCUGGCUGGACGCCCGUCCCCUGCUCACCCGCCACCACCACAUCCGGCUUGGGUUUGAGCCAGACAUGGCCCGCCUGUCGCGCUGGAUGGCCGACCGCGCGGUGGGCGUGGUGCUGAGCGGCGGCGGGAGCCGGGGCCUGGCGCACCAGGGGGUGCUCAACGCCCUGGCAGAUGCGGGGGUGCCCAUCGACGUUGUGGGUGGGACCUCCCAGGGCGCCUUCAUGGGCGGGCUGUACGCGCAGAACCUGCGCCGCUCGGCUAUGGAGGAUGCAGUGCGGCGAUAUGCCACAGAAAUGGGAUCCGUGCGGAAGCUGCUCAUGGACCUCACCCUGCCCAUCAUUUCCGUGUUUAAUGGCGCGGGGUUUGACCGGGUCGUGAGGGAAGCCCUGGGCCUGCAGCGCAUCGAGGACCUCUGGCUCCGCUUCUUCUGCGUCAGCACCAACCUGUCGCGCGGCGCGCCCAGCGUGCACGAGCGUGGCCUGCUGUGGAAGAUGUGCCGGGCCAGCAUGACCAUUGUGGGCCUUGUCCCGCCCGUCUUCCACGCCGGCGACCUGCUGGUGGACGGCGGCUACCUGAACAACAUCCCCGUGGACGUUAUGCACGGGCUGGGCGUGGGCACGGUCAUUGUGGUGGACGUGGAGGACCGGGACCAGUCGGCGUGGCACAACCUCACGCCCUACGACGGCGGCGUGUCCGGCUGGCAGCUGCUCUGGGACCGGUGGUGCCCCGUGGAGGCCUGGCGCUACAAUGUGCGCAUCCCGCGCUACAGCCAGCUCAUGAACUCGCUGACCUGGAUGAGCCACCAGCAGACGCUGCGCCGCGUGAGCCAGGAGUACGUCAUCGACCUCUACCUCCGGCCCCCCGUCUUCCACUACCGCCUCAUGGACUACUACCUGGCGGAGCGGAUCGUGCGCGAGGCCAGCCAGUACGCCUGGGUGGUGGUCUCCGAGUGGCAGGCCAAGAUCGGCAUCCACCGGACCGGGCUGGCAGGCCUGCUCCACGCCGACAGCGCCGGGUUCCCGAGGACGCCCAGCUCCCUCACGCUGGUGGACCGGUCGCGCAGCUCGGCGUGCAUGACGCAGCUGCAGGGGAAGCAGCGGGGCCGGGUCGCCUUUGGACCCCGGAACGCAUCGCUGGAGCUGCCGCGCGGCCUGUCGAAGAGCUUGGAGGAGCAGCCGGCGCACCUGCUCGGCCCGCUGGGGCCCGACACACUGCACACGUACCAGUCGCUGCCGCUGGCGCUGCAGGGUCGCGGCGGGCGGAGGAGGGCGCGGCGCGCGGACGCCGUGCAGGGGUCCGGCAGCGUUGCCGGGUUUGCCACCAUGCCGCCACCCGCCACCGACCACCUGCCGACGCUGUCGCGCAUGGCGGGCAAGCGCGGCGGGGCGGAGGAGGGGGGGGAGGGCGCGUGGGGCGCGGACCCCGAGGGCGAGAUCCUGUUCCCCAUCAGCGACGUGGGGGAGGAGUUUGGGUCGCCGGGGGCGAGCUUGGGGAGCGGCGCUUAG